AUGACGGUGCAGCGCGAAGACACGCCGAACGACAACUCCCAAAAGUUUCAACAUAUGAAGACAGUGUCCAGUCUUGCGGAUGGACACCGCUACGCACUACAGUACUUCCCCGAAGAGCUGCAAGCGCUGCUAAACAUAGCCUCGCUCAAGCUCGACGAGCGUGUCCCUGGUCACUUCGGCGCGAUCCUAGGAUGGCAGAAAGAUUCUGGAGAAAAGUCUGAGCACCCACGGGUGACGAUGAAACCCUUAGAGAUUCUCUGGGAUCUGGAACACUGUACUAUAGUACUGUCCGAUUCGUUUCCAUUUAGUAGGAGUACUUGGAAGGUCGUUGACAUUGAUGGCGAGGAAGCACUACCAGUAUUGCGGCGCGACUACGAUCUUGUACCGCCAUUCUCCACGAUCCUCACAGUAGUUGACCAUGAGCACUUGGUCUUGCUUGAGGUGUUCUUCCGCUAUAGUCUCUUGGUACAGGGCUUCGACGACGCUAUUGAGGGGUUCAAGCACGACUUCUGGCUUUGCUUCGAGAACCUUUGUCGCCAUGUCGCGGAGCAAACUUCGGCAGCCGAUGCGCGAGAAAAAGAGGACGACGCGUAUGAGUCUAAGAAGACUGAGGCGUCCACAGCUACUCAGAUACAAGACGCAAAGCUUGAUACUCUCACCAACGAAGCAGAUAAUAGCGAGCGCGCACACCAAGACAGCAGUACAGCACCGGAGACCAAGAGGGAACAGGCGGAGGCUACCGGCGACCAUAUUGAAGAACAGCUCGCAAAAGCGCAUAAGGAAGCAGCCGGAUGGAAAAAGGCUUAUGAAGGUGAGAAGAACUUCUCAGCAAAACUAAGGUUUGUGUUACGUAAGCACGUGGCAAGGAAGGAUGAGCUUGCAGCCAAGCUCAAAGAGCGAGAAGGGGAAGUGGAAGAGUGGAAGGAGAAGUAUGAAGCCUUGUGCAAAGAGAUCCGGGAGGCUUAA